AUGGUGAUGCUGCUCCUCGCGACGGCGGCCGUGGUGCUUCUGCUGCUCCCGCUGCUGCUCCCUUCUUCCCUGCCGCCACCGCCGUCGCUGCUGCUGGUCGUCCCUGUCGUGCUGCUGCUCUCGCUGCUUUCCCUCGCUUUCCUUCCCACCCGCGACGACGACGAUGCUAUCUACGAAUCACUCCAGAUCCAUGCAGUGAUGGAUGGCCAUGGGCACAUAUGA